UACCCCAAUAAAAGAUUUCCCCCUUUCCCCCAAAAUUCCAUAAAGCCCUUCUACUGCAUCGGGAAUCUUUCUAGAGAGAGAAAAUUGUCUAGAGAGAGAAGCAGAUUAGGCAAAACCCACCAUGGCUGAACACCCAGAUGAUUUAGACCAACUUCUUGAUAGCGCUUUGGAUGAUUUUCAGACCCUUAAUCUUGCGUCUUCUUCUCAAAGCAGAGACGGUGGAGAGAACAAAGAAGAGGCUUCUUCGUUACCCAGUGGGGUUCAAGGUUUAGGGUUGGGUCUACCCGAUUUAAGAAGUAAGAACAAAGGAAAGAAAAAGGUUGCACCAAAGGAGUCACAUGCAACAGAGACUCUUAAUAAGUUGAGAGAGCAAACAAGGGAGACCGUUAAGGGGUUGGAAUCUAUAGCGGGUUUGAAGCCUGGUGGCAUUGAUGGAUUGGGUGACGACAAAAUGAUGGAGGAUUUGGUCAAGCAGUUCGAGGAACUCGCAAAGUCUCAGGACAUGGAGUCGAUAGUAGAGACAAUGAUGCAACAACUUUUGUCCAAAGAAGUUCUUCAUGAACCCAUGAAAGAAAUCGGAGAAAGAUACCCGAAAUGGUUAGAAGAUAAUAAAUCGAAACUAAGCGAAGAAGAAUACAACCGUUAUUUUCAUCAACAUGAGCUCAUUAAGGAUUUAAACGUGGUUUAUGAGACCGAGCCUGGCAAUUUCAACAAGAUCAUCGAGCUCAUGCAAAAAAUGCAAGAAUGCGGUCAACCCCCUAAUGAUAUUGUCAAAGAGCUCGCCCCCGACUUCGAUAUAUCUGCUCUUGGUCAACUGCCCCUAGAAGGCUGUUGGAUUCUCGGAGACGGCCCUUGUCACUUUAAUAAUAAGAAGAAACGGGUCUCCUGAAAUGGCUGAAUCUCCAGAGAACUGCUGUAUAAUGUGAGAUAGGGGUAUGCAUACCGUCGUUUAUUACAUUUGAUGUAUUGUUCUUUUAUCAAAUCAUCAAGAAAAUAAUGCUGUUUUGACUUGGAAAUUUGACUUUUUAUUUUAAUGGCCCUUUGAUCGUGUUCUCGUA